AAUUUUGUAUCAUUUUUUCAGUUGUGAAGUGAUCCGAGACUGGAAGACUGGUGAAUCUCUUUGUUAUGCUUUCAUUGAGUUCGAAAAGGAGGAAGACUGUGAGAAAGCCUACUUCAAAAUGGACAAUGUGCUGAUAGAUGACAGACGGAUACAUGUGGAUUUUAGCCAGUCUGUCGCAAAGAUCAAAUGGAAGGGAAAAGGUGGGCAGUAUACCAAGGAAGAUUUCAAGGACUAUGAGAAGGAACGUGACAAACCUUCAAAAUUUGCUCUGAAAGAAAAGGUGAAACCAAAGCAAGAUGCCAAGUAUGACCUUGUGCUGGAUGAGGAUGUAGAAGAGUCUCACACAAGUCAGUCACACUUGGCUAAAAAACAGAAGAAGAAAAAGCACCACCACUCUGAAGAUGAAGAUGAUGACAAGAGGACCAAAAAGUCUAAGGAUUCUGACCGAAAGCAUGAAGAACGCUGUAGGGAGAGGACCAAGAGUGAGAAGAAAGACAGGCAUCGGAGCCGCAGCCGUUCUCAGGAGAGAGAUUACACUUACAGCAGACAAAAAGACAAAUACAGAGAAGACAUCCGAGUAAGAGACUGGGAUAAAAAAGCAGACAGGAGCAGAAGUCCUAAGAAAUCCAAAGACAAAGAAAGGUCCAAGUACAGAUGAAGGACAUGGAAAGGACAGAGGGGAAUUAAAAUAAUAAAUUUAACUUUUUUCUUUUGUGA